UCAGCAAAUCGCCGUUCCCCCGUUUCCCAUCUGUAGAAGGAAUAAAAAGCAUUAUGCCUGCCACCCAAAGUCAAGGUGUUUGGUGUUAUUUGGACCACAGUCCUGGUGGCCAUCCACUCUCCUCUGAACUGUCCCUUAUAGCGUGUCUAUUCUGUGCCAGGCCCUGGGGAUGCAGGGGAAACCAAGGCAGACAUGGGUCCCUUCCUGGAAUCUACCUGCCUGCCAGACCUGCUCACCUCCUAGGCAAAACUGGGCUUCCUCAGUUCCAGAAGCCACAGCACCCCCAACAACCCCAGACCUUUACACUUGCGGGUCCCACAUUUCCUAACCAGCCUCUUUUCCGAACACAUUCCGAGCCACCUUUUAGUUCUCUGCUUCCCUAAGGACGCCUUCGGUGCAUCUGCCAACCUGUGGCAACCUGUUUCUGCCUGAUGUCUACGUUUUUCACCAGAGUACUGGAUAAGGGCUCUGGCUCAAGCCUUAUCAGAGGUCAUGUUAAGCUCUCUGUGCCUCAGUUUCCCUAAGUGUAAAUUAGGAACCACAGUAGUCCCCACCUCCUGGGGGUUGUUGUAAGGAGUAAAUGAUAGGGCCCUGAGAUCCUUGCCCGGUAUGCAGCAAAGGCUGUAUACCUGUUACUCUCGCUAUUGCUGUUUGUAGUCAUUAUCAUCAGCCCGCACGCCCUGCAGGGCGGGGCUGAGCACUCUCCUUGGAGCAGCACCUGUCGCACGUAAGCCCCUCGGCAUCUUCCCGACUUGCCUAGGCUUCCGGAAGGGCUGCACCUUUGGUGCUGGCACUGCCCAACUAGGGAGGGAGGCGUGAAUACCCGUUUCACGGAAAACCGGCACACAGUAGGUGCUCAAGAAAUGGCCGGUCGACACUGGGAAGCCAGUGGCCUGAUCAGUGCACCCGCACUCCGUCCUUUCGCCCGCACCACGCGGUGGAAUGCUCCGGCUGCCCACAUGGUCAUUAAGGGUGUAUCUGUUUCCAACGACACCCAUUCCCACAACAAAGGAUCUCGCCUCCGUGGGGCCACCUCCUAUCGGCGCAACGGGCGAGAGCCUGCCUGUUCCUCAGGGGUGGCCCUGUCCCGACGCGGGCCCCGUGAGCGCAGCUGCGCAAAGGGACCCCUGCGGGUGUGGGGAGCCCAGCUCGCGGGCACCGCGGGGACCAAGCACGAGGGACAACCAAACGUCAGGGCGGCACCGAAGGGCGCGCGGCGACACCGCCUCCAGCCGCGAUUUAAAGGGCAGCGAGCGGCGGAGGGAUCCCUGCCGACCGCUCAGCGCGGAUCCCUCCGCAACGAGAGACGCGAGGAAACGACUCGGUUCGUCCUCUCAAAAUCGCUUUUUGUCCCUCCGCAGUCGGGAGCACCCGGCAGGAACUCAUUUCUUUCUCGUGUUUCUCCGCCUCCCCCCCCACCCCCACCCCCCCACCGAGUCCCGUACAAGCAACAGAAGCGGCCGGGACGCCGCAAGCCGACGUGGUGUCCCUCCGCCCGUCCGAGAGCACUCCUUUUCGUGUCCUUCCACCGAUCCCGGGCGGCGUCCGGGCGGCUCACCGGGGGCGGCGACGCGUCUGCGGCGCGGACGGCGAAGCUCCGGGGCUAUGAGGUGAGGGAGCCCGGGCACCGGAGGCGGCACGCGCGGCGUCAGGACGCGGGACGCAGAGUCCUCGGCCCGCGACUGCCUCUGGGACCCCGCGGCCGCGCGAGCGGCGAGGUAAUGGUAAUUCUGGAUUCGAGGGACAGAGUCGAUAUGUGCCAUCUUCUGGAAUGUCCGCCAAGGAGCUCUGUGAAAAUGAUGACCUAGCAACCAGUUUGGUUCUUGAUCCCUAUUUAGGUUUUCAAACACACAAAAUGAAUACUAGCGCCUUUCCUUCGAGGAGCUCAAGGCAUUUUUCAAAAUCUGACAGUUUUCCUCACAACAACCCUGUGAGGUCAAGAAGGAAUGAAGAGCUGUGGUUCUAGCACGACUCCUCUCAGCAACUGCAAAUACCAGUUUGCAGCUGAACUCCUGUGAAGAGGGAGAUGUGUUCACAAUGUUGCCUCAUGGUUUCUUAUUUUAUAUCUUAAAUAUUUGAGCAUUUUUCUCUCUCUUCCUCUCUCCUCCCCUUGCUCCCUUUUUUCUGUUCCCCUCCUCUUCCCCUUCCCUCCAGUCAGCUCUUGAUCACAUGGUCAUGGAAGGGCACAGUAGUACAGCUAAUACAAACCUACAGCUUUCCUUCAUUGCCACAGUGGUCUCUUGGGUUUGGAAACAGGAAAACCAAAUAGCAAGAAAACCUGGGAAGUCAGUCUCUGGAAAGAGUGGGGAACAGGUGUGUGGGAGUGUAAAUUCAUGUUUUUUCCUGCCCUUUUUAAUGAUUAACAAUUUAAAUGACUUUUUUUUCUUAUAUAGCUAUUGGUCAGAGGUGUGGGAAGGGAAAAAGAAAUGUUUGGUUUAUUUAAAGUCAUAAAUUUUGUAUUCAAGAGGGAGGAUAGGCAUAUUGAUUUGGAAAUGCCAAGUACCUGUUUCUCUUGCCUCCCUUGCCACCCCUCCCCACCCUAGAUACUAAAUUUAAAAAUACGUAUUUGUGUCCACCUCUCUCACUGUAUUGUCAGCUCGUCAGCCGUUGCUGACUCUGGCUGAGCUCCCUGCUAGUGCUCGACGGCAAACACAAGUCAAAUCCUAUUCUGAUCGUGAAACAACUCGAGGGGGCCCUCAGAAUCCAGAUAAGAGCAGGACCAAGGAAGGCCUGGGUACUAGUCCCAGUCCUUCCAUUAAUUAGCCCUUGUUGGACCUUAUUUUCCUCAUUUAUGAAACGAGGGCUUUAGAUAACUUAACUUUUCAUCUAGCUGUAAUGUGCGCAUAGCUUUGUUCAUUCUGUGUGGGAGAUGUAGAAUGACUGGUUGAGGAGAAGGCAGAGGGUAUUUUCCUACUCAGUAGUAGAAAAUUAAUUUUUUCUAAGGUCCUCAGUGCCUUUUCCUCUGGCCCUAAUAGUUGUAAUACUUUUAUGUUAUUUAAAUAAUUUCUUUUUCCCCUGCAGUAUUUGUUAUAAUGGGAUUUGACUUGAACUGUUAGCCAAGUGAUUUUGAUGUACUUCUAUAGGAUUAUCGAAAACACUGUCUCUCUUCCCCUUCCUGUCUGCGCCUAGAACCAUUUUAUUCCUCCUUUGCCUCACUACCAUUUCACACCUAUAGCAGCCAACUUGUGACAGUAAGUGUUGACAGUAAAUUUUAAGUGAAAUGGAAGUUCUUGCUAGUGGGUAGCAAGGGACAGUUUCAGGGGGUUUGUGUUUGAGGCACUAGUGGUCAGGUAAAAAAAAACAAAAGCGCAGGAAACAUGGAAGGCAGAAUAUUACUAAAUCAAGAGUUGAUUGUUUUGUAUGGGUUUUAGCAUAUAAAUUGUUUGGCAUUGUGAGCAAAGAGUUCAGGAUGAACAAACAAAACAGAAUAGUUGAAAAACGUUUUUAGAUAGGAAGCAGCAUGUUUCAGAUGUGGAGAGCUCGCAUAAAGUCUAUCAGGAAUAGCUAGUGGCCAUUUCAGGUCUGUUAUUUUUCUGUCAUUUUAAGAGCUUUAGGUGAAUCUAGCCCUGAUUUUGACUUGCUUUCUAAUGUGUCAAGCCAUGCAGUUUUUAUAAAACAGUGUCACCAUUGGUUAAUUCCACAUUAAAGAUUGAUUGGCUCUUCUGUCAUUGGUAGCCCUGCCACUUAACAUCAUGGAUUAUGCAUCAUAUUUGCUCAGAGUGAACUGUUGCUUUUCUGUUCACUGCAUAAAACGUGUUAACUGUUUCCUGCCAUUUCACAUAUUGUAUUGCUUAAAGUGGUAUGUCUUAGCUAAUGGCUGCUUGAUUGUUCUAUCUGUCCUUCAUAUAACCCCCUAAAGUGUAGGGUUACAGCAAGAUGAGUUUAGAUUGGGUUUUUCUAAGAAAUUCUCCAAGUGAUGGACAAAAUCACUUGUGAUGACUACAAGUAGGUAGUUUUAUAUUACAGUUCUGUGGAAGUAUGGAUACUUACACUAUUCUGCAGAUGUUUAGAUUAUUUUAGUGGUGGCUCUCUGACACCAUAUUCUGACAACCUUGUUACCGACAUUCUGAAUUGUUUAAACGACUUGCACUCAUCUUUCUGUGAGGGCUGGUUUGCUAAUUGAUUGAAAUGGAAAAUAAAAUAAGGCUUUGUCCAUUUCUUCAUAUGGUAUCUCUAGAAUGUGUAGUUCUGCCUAAGAGCACUGAGAGCUUAAUGAAGUCUUAAGAUAGUAAGUUCCUAAGGUGUCAGCAUGCAUGAAAAUAGCUAACAUCCUCUAGAGAUCCUGCCCAGUUCUGUGUUAGACCUAUUCAGGACCUCAUCUCUUCCCUCUUCCUUGUUCUAGUAUUUCUUCACUAUUGCCAGCUGACUCUCCCAGCGCUGCCCAUCUCUGAAUCCAGCUUUUUAGGAUCCUCUACUUAGACUUCCUCUCACUUUGCCUGCCUUCUUUCGAUUCUUUCCUGCCUGUACAAGUAUUCUGCUUUUUCUUUAGAAAGGUGAAUUACCCACUUCCCUAUUGCCUGUAUGAGUAUGAACUACAGAACCCCUUCCCAAACAAAUCUUAUACUUUAGUAUAAUUUCCGUACUGUAAAGUGCUGUAGCAAUUUAGUUUGCACCAUAUUAACAUGCAUUUGCACACUGAUGCCUUGCUUAACUGUUUGAUGCACGUGUAUGUCUUUUAGUCCCAAUGAAAUUUUCCAUUCAAGAACAGUGGCCAUGUCUUCUCUAUCACUUAGAUUUUUCACCAUAGCACGUGUGUACAAAGCACAUAAUAAAUAAUUUUUGGUGAAAUAUUGUGGCUUAAGAUCUUACUCAAAUGUUAUGAAUCAUAUUCAUGCUAGCUUAUCUAGAAAAGAAUAUGCUUGAAGGCUUCCUUUGCUGGAGUUUGUGCUAGAUGUAUUUCAGUUUUAGAUUUUAAGUCUAUGAUAUAUGCAUUUUUAAAUGUUAGAGUAAGAUGCAUAGUUCAAAUAUUUUUUUUCUCCUGAGCCACUAAUAUUGUUUUGUCAAUGUAUUUCAUUCGAAUAGCAGUCUAUAAUUUAUUUUCUUAUUGGAUGUUUAAAAAAAAAAACUAUUUGGGAAAAUAAGCCAAAUGAAAUUACAUGAGAAGAAAUUUUGAUAAUUGAGAUCCCAGUAUCUUUAAUCAUACACAUUUUAUUGAGAACACAGCUUUAGAAUGAGGAACUUAAAUUAAGUCUUAUAUGGACCAUGAUUGUAUCCUGUGUUAUCUGUCUAGCAAUGUACUAUUCUGAAGUCAUUAGAGUUGAUUUUCAAAAGGAACCUUUAAAAUUCUACCCGGUUUUUCCUUACAUCACUAAUAUGGCAUCACUGCUGCUAGAGUUGGACUUUUUGCACUCUUAAUGUUCUCUGAAUGCAGUUACCAAAGAUUAAAUUGAUUAAGGAUAUUGACAAGGUGUGUUUCAAGACCUGUUGGGACACUUAGUUUGAGGUUUUUCUGUCUACAUGGAGAAUGUUUUUGUUUAUGGCAUGAUUUUGUUUUGCUUCAUCAUUUUUCUGAAGCUCGUUGCCUUGCACUGUUCUGGCCUGAAUCUGCAUGUUUUAAAAAAUUCUUGUCAUUCUAAUUCUUAAUUAGAUUAGAUUUAUUCUAGAGCCUUCAUUUUGUGCCUUCCAAGUUAGAUGACUAGUAAAAGCCUGAAUCAGGCAGUUUUUCAUUUAAAUCAUCUGAUCACCUUCAGUCAGUGAGAACAGUGAAAUAAAGGUACUAAAGUACAAUUUGAAGAAAGAAGUUAUUCUUGGUAGUCAGCAUGACUUGAGUGGUAAUUAUCAAGAUAACCAGUCCCUCUCUUCUGUUAGGCCUGUUGUUUUUAGGUUAUGUUUUCCUUCUCAUGCUCUCUUGACAGUAGGCCUGAGGAUGAUGGCAGGCAGCUAAAGUUACUGUUCGGACUUC